AUGCAGGAUAUUACGGAAAAAAUCACCGUAGGUUCUCAAGUGUGGGUGGAAAACCCAUCAGUGGCUUGGAUUGAUGGCGAAGUGUUGAAAAUAGAUGGAAAGGAAGCUGAGAUCCAAACCACUGACGGGAAGAAAGUUGUUAUGCAACUAUCAAAAGUAUACCCCAAAGAGUUGGACACUCCAGAUGGUGGAGUUGAUGACAUGACCAAGCUUUCUUAUUUGCAUGAGCCUGGAGUUUUGCAUAACAUAUCUAUCAGAUAUCAACGAGAUAAAAUCUAUACUUAUACAGGCAAUAUCCUCAUCGCCGUUAAUCCAUUUCAAAGUUUGCCUCACUUGUAUGAUGCUCACAUGAUGGAAAAAUACAAAGGAGCACAAUUUGGGGCUCUAAGUCCGCAUGUAUUUGCAAUUGCUGAAUUUGCUUUCAGGGAAAUGGUUAAUGGAGGAAAAAGUAACUCAAUCUUGGUCAGCGGUGAAAGUGGGGCGGGUAAGACUGAGACUACCAAGAUGCUUAUGCGCUAUCUUGCAUAUGUUGGUGGUCAUAAAGGCUCUGAAGGACGAACAGUUGAACAACAGGUUCUAGAAUCAAAUCCAGUCCUGGAAGCAUUUGGCAAUGCAAAAACUGUUAGAAAUAACAAUUCCAGCCGUUUUGGAAAAUUUGUUGAGAUUCAGUUUGAUAAAUGUGGAAGAAUAUCUGGAGCUGCCAUCCGGACAUACCUCCUAGAAAGAUCUCGUGUUUGCCAAAUUUCAGAUCCUGAACGCAACUAUCACUGUUUCUAUCUUCUUUGUGCUGCACCCCCGGAGGAAACCAAGAAAUACAAAUUAGGAGACCCUAAGUCGUUUCACUAUCUCAAUCAAUCAAAUUGCUAUGAACUUGUUGGUGUAAGCGAUGCCCAUGAUUAUCUUGCCACUAGGAGAGCCAUGGAUAUUGUUGGAAUAAGCCAAACAGAACAGGAUGCAAUUUUCAGCGUUGUGGCUUCAAUUCUCCAUCUUGGUAAUCUUGAAUUUGCUAAAGGGGAAGAGCAUGAUUCGUCAAUCCUGAAAGACGAUAAAUCCAAAUUUCAUCUUCAGAUGACAGCAGAGCUGCUAAUGUGUGAUCUACAGUCACUGGAAGAUGCACUACUGAAGCGUGUGAUGGUUACUCCAGAAGAAGUUAUCAAGAGAAGCCUUGAUCCUGAGGGUGCAACCUUCAGCAGGGAUGGUUUGGCUAAGACCUUAUAUUGUCGCUUAUUUGAUUGGUUGGUGGAUAAAAUUAAUGUGUCGAUUGGGCAAGAUCCAAAGUCAAAUUCUCUAAUCGGCGUCCUUGACAUAUAUGGUUUUGAGAGCUUUAAAACCAAUAGUUUUGAACAGUUCUGUAUUAAUUUCACUAAUGAGAAGCUGCAACAACACUUCAAUCAGCAUGUUUUCAAGAUGCAGCAAGAGAAAUACAGCAAAGAGGAGAUUGACUGGAGCUACAUAGAGUUUGUAGACAACAAGGACAUCCUAGAUCUUAUUGAAAAGAAACCUGGUGGGAUCAUUGCUCUACUUGAUGAGGCCUGUAUGUUUCCCAAGUCAACUCCUGAAACGUUUUCACAGAAGCUCUAUCAGACAUUCAAAACUCACCCACGAUUUAUCAAACCAAAAUUGGCACGCUCGGAUUUCAUCAUUGCUCAUUAUGCCGGAGAGGUUCACUAUCAGUCUGAUCAAUUCCUAGACAAAAACAAAGAUUAUCUUGUUCCUGAACAUCAAGAUUUGCUGAGUGCUUCCAAGUGCUCUUUCGUAUCAGGGCUUUUUCCUCCACUACGCGAGGAUGCAACCAAAAAAUCCAAGUUCUCGUCAAUUGGUUCUCGCUUCAAACUACAACUUCAACAAUUGAUGGAGACUCUGAAUUCCACACAACCUCAUUAUAUUAGAUGUGUGAAGCCAAAUAACUUUCUUAAACCGGCUGUCUUUGAAAAUGUCAACAUCAUUCAUCAAUUACGUUGUGGGGGGGUUCUAGAGGCAAUUCGUAUCAGCUGUGCUGGAUACCCUACCAAUAAGAGUUUCAUUGAUUUUGUGAAUCGAUUUGGUCUUUUGGUUCCAGAGGUCUUGCGAGCAAAUCAUGACAGGAAGGAUGCAUGUAGAAAGAUUCUGGACACGUUGGGGAUUCAGGGAUAUCAGAUCGGAAAAUCAAAAGUUUUUCUUAGAGCGGGUCACAUGGCUGCAUUAGACACACGGAGAGCGGAAAAGCUUAGCAAGGCAAUCAUUGUUAUUCAGAGAAUGACAAGAAGUUUUCUCAUUAGGAAGCGAUUUCAUGCUAUGGCUAAUCUUGCUGUUGCCUUGCAAACUUUAUGCAGAGGAACGCUUGCUUCUAAGGUAUACGAAGAUAUGAGAAAGACAGCUGUCUCAACAAAAAUUCAGACUAACUUUCGGCGAUACACGUUGAGGACGUCUUACAACAGACUCAGGCAUGCAGUUGUCCUCAUUCAGUCAUGUCUGAGAGCAAUGGCUGCUCGCCGUGAACUCAGUUACAGGAGGCGAACCAAGGCAGCUACUUGCAUAGAAGCCAAAUGGCGUGGUCAUAGAGAUUAUAAACGCUAUAAGAAACUGGAGAAGGCAACGGUUGUCACACAAUGUGGAUGGAGGCAGAGAGUUGCUAGGAGAGAGCUUCGGAGAUUAAAGAUGGCAGCAAGGGAAACUGGUGCACUUCAACAAGUGAAGGAGCAACUUGAACAGCAAGUGAAAGAGCUCACACGGCGUCUAGAUAUUGAAGUGCGUAAGAAGAAUGAAUUAGAAAAAUCGUUGCUUGCCAAGGAACAUGAGUCUGGAACAAAUACAUCUAGCGGGGGAAAGAUUGACAGUUUAGCUGCAGAAGUGGAAGACUUGAAGGCUUUAUUAGAAUCAGAGAGACAACGAGCUGAUGAGUCUGAGAAGAAGUAUGCUGAAGCGCAAGAUAGAAUUGAAAUUAUGAAGUUGGAAGAAGCUGAAAGAAUGGCUUUAUUAGAAUCAGAGAGACAACGGGCUGACGAAUUUGAAAAGAAGUAUAUUGAAGCCCAGAAAACAAUCGAAAUCAUGAAGUUGGAAGAAAUUGAAAGAACGACUGAAUUGGAAGACGCAUUGCUCGCCAAGGAACGUGAGUCUGCAACGGAAGCAUCUGAUGAAGCUUUGUUUAAUGUGAACAUGCAGAAAUCAUUUGAUAUUAAUAGAAAGCUUGACAAUUUAAUCACAGAAGUGGAAAACCUCAAGGCUUUAUUAGAAUCAGAGAGACAACGGGCUGAUGCACUUGAAAAGAAGUACAGUGAAGCCUUGGAAACAAUUGAAAGUAUGCGUCUAAAGUUGGAGGAAACAGAAAGAAGUGUACUUCAACUUCAAGAAGCAGAAAGAAGGACUGAAUUGAAUGAGGCAUUGCUUUCCAAGGAACGUGAUUCUGCAACGGAUGCAUCUGACAAAGCUUUAUCUGUUAUGAAAGAUGCCCCAGUUUUGGUGGAGGACACUGGAAAGAUUGAAAAUUUGACCACAGAGGUGGAAAAUCUUAAGGGUUUAUUAGAAUUAGAGACACAACGAGCUGAUGAAUCUGAAAAGAAGUAUGCUGAAGCCCUGGAAUCAAUCAAAAUUUUGCGUCUUAAGUUGGAAGAAAAUGAAAGAAGGGCUGAAUCGAAAGACACAAUGCUUGACAAGGUACAUGAGUCCGCAAUGGAAGCAUCUGAUGAAGCAUUGUCUAUUGUGGAAAGAGCCACUGUUUCAGUGGAGGAUACUGAAAAGAUUGAAAGUUUAACUGCAGAAGUGGACAACUUGAAGGGUUUAUUAGAAUCAGAGAGACAAAGAGCUGAUGAAUGUGAAAAGAAGUACACUGAAGCCCUGGAAUCAAGCGAAAUUAAGCAGCUGAAGUUGGAAGAAACUGAAAGAAGGGUACUUCAACUUCAGGAAGCUUUGAAUAGGAUGAUAUACAGCAUGUCAGACCAAUUUUCGGAGCUAAAAAGUAUGUUGUAUGCUUCAUCCAGUUCGAGUGUAACUUCAGGAUUCAUUGUUAGAGAUGCUUUUGGCGAUGCUACAUCUACCUCUUCCGAUAUUACAUCCACCGAUUCUGAUUUCACUUUCCCAGCUCCCAAUUCUACUCCAGAGACAGUCUCUCCUCUCAGUCCUGGUGCUUUUCAGAUGAUAGUUCAGGAUCUUUCUGUGGCUGGAAAACCAGGAUCUGAAAACUGGGAAAGUGACCGGGAGGGGGCCUUCGAUGACUUCUUCUGA